AUGGUGACCUUCUUCUCGCACACGAGAGAUGGACCAUUUUCACGACCAGGCCGUCGCGGCGUCUUCGACGGCGGCAUGAGAGCCCGUGGGGAGUGCCGAGAGGAGAUCCUCGAGCUCAAGAAAGGAGAUAUGCUCGCCAGCGGCAUGCUGAAGAGCAGCGGUCUCCCGACCGACCUCUGGGAGACGCCCCUAGUUGCUUCAAUCGCAUGGAGGACCUCUCGCGGGUGGGGCACUGACGUGCAGGAGGAGCACUACAUUCCCGACAGCAUCGCAGGGCGGAAAGUCGGCAGGCGAGCCCUGAGCGAGCCCGGGAGCGGGCGCAACGUGACUGGCAUGAAGCUUCGCGCAGAGAAGGCCGGCGGCGGCGAUGGCGUCGGCGCGAAGAGAGCGCUGCCGGCGCUGGCGGGGUUCAGCUGUCCGAGCCAAGGUUGCGCACUGUGUACACGAAGCUGGAUAUGUCAGGUCAUGCGGGACUGCGCGGGUGCGAUUCUGUGUCCGUCAGACCGUGUUGCCGCGGCAGCCGUCGACGCGAUGCAGUGCCUAAGCGGCGACGGGGAUGUACACCCAUGGUGCAUGCUGGCGGCCUGUUGCGAUAUGGUGCGCAUGUCGACGCUAGUGGUGCAGAGUGGCCCACUGAUGGGUUCCUCGGGGACGCGAGCUUGUAUUGCGCCGGCGCAGGCACGCGGGAGAUCCGGUAGAUGCUUGUCGGACGCGAGUCCAAGCGCCGUUCUUCGUGCUCGGGAGGUCGCUGUAGCCAUGUAGCAGUUAGCAUGUCAUCCUGACUACACUUCCCUCCG